ACAAUAUUUACCUCUUGUUUUUCAAAUGGAGAGAAAUAACCAAUCUCAAAGCCAACUUAUCACAAUGAAACAAUCUCUCUUUGAUCAGGGAUUGCUUGAUGAACAAUUUAUCCAACUAGAAGAACUACAAGACGAUGCUAAUCCUAACUUUGUCGAAGAAAUUGUCACUCUUUACUACCAUGAUUCAUUACGCCUUAUUUCAAGCAUAGAGCAAGCUUUAAAAGAGAGGAACAUGUUGGAUUUCAACAAAUUGGACACCCUGAUGCAUCAGUUCACAGGAAGUAGUUCAAGCAUUGGAGCCAAAAAGGUGAAAGUAGAGUGCAAUCUGUUUAGGGAAUAUUGUAGUGCAGGAAAUAUUGAAGGAUGCAUGAAGAGUUUUCAUCAAUUAAAAAAAGAAUAUGCUUCACUAAAAAAGAAACUUGAAGCUUAUUUUCAGUUGGCUAGGCAAGUUGGGCUCUAGAGACAUAGUGUCACUCCAAGUAAUGAAAUAUGCAUAUAUGAUAUGAUAAAGGCGAAUGUAAAUGGUGAAUUUUGUAACAAUAUAUGAAAAAAGAAAAUAUGUAUUCACCACAAGAAUAAGAAUAUGAAAGUGAUGUGGGCCUAUUUAAGAUAUUUUGUUUCCAAAUAUGUUUUGUUAGUUAUACUUACAAUCAUGUUGUUCAACUUUUCUAAAAAAACAAUAUUAGGAUGUUUGAUGCUCAGGUAUCUUUACAAUUAGGACAAAUUUGGGUGUUUGAUGUUAUAAGGUAGAGACAU